AGCAAAGCUCAAGAUGGCCGACAAAACGCCAGGCGGAUCUCAGAAGGCCAGUUCAAAGAGCCGAUCAUCAGAUGUGCAUUCAUCUGGAUCUUCAGAUGCGCAUAUGGAUGCAUCUGGACCCUCAGAUAGUGAUAUGCCAAGUCGAACACGACCUAAAAGCCCACGAAAACACAAUUAUAGGAAUGAAAGUGGCCGUGAAAGCCUUUGUGAUUCUCCUCAUCAGAAUCUUUCAAGACCUCUUCUAGAAAACAAGCUUAAAGCAUUCAGUAUUGGAAAAAUGAGCACAGCAAAGCGAACUUUAAGUAAGAAGGAACAAGAGGAACUGAAGAAAAAGGAGGAUGAAAAGGCAGCUGCUGAAAUUUAUGAGGAAUUUCUUGCUGCUUUUGAAGGAAGUGAUGGUAAUAAAGUGAAAACAUUUGUUCGAGGCGGGGUUGUUAAUGCAGCUAAAGAUGAACAUGAAACAGAUGAAAAAAGAGGUAAAAUCUAUAAGCCAUCUUCAAGAUUUGCAGAUCAAAAAAAUCCUCCAAAUCAGUCAUCCAAUGAAAGGCCACCAUCUCUUCUUGUGAUUGAAACGAAAAAACCUCCACUGAAGAAAGGGGAGAAAGAAAAGAAAAAAAGCAAUUUGGAACUUUUCAAAGAAGAACUAAAACAAAUUCAGGAAGAACGUGAUGAGAGACAUAAAACAAAGGGCAGGUUAAGUCGAUUUGAGCCUCCUCAGUCAGAUUCUGAUGGUCAGCGGCGUUCUAUGGAUGUGCCUUCAAGAAGAAAUCGAUCAUCUGGUGUUCUUGAUGAUUAUGCACCUGGCUCACAUGAUGUAGGAGAUCCAAGUACUACUAAUUUAUACCUUGGAAACAUUAAUCCACAGAUGAAUGAAGAAAUGCUAUGCCAAGAAUUUGGAAGAUUUGGACCAUUAGCUAGUGUAAAAAUUAUGUGGCCUAGAACUGAUGAAGAAAGAGCAAGAGAAAGAAAUUGUGGCUUUGUGGCUUUUAUGAAUAGAAGAGAUGCUGAAAGAGCUCUAAAAAAUUUAAAUGGGAAAAUGAUUAUGUCUUUUGAAAUGAAGUUAGGUUGGGGUAAAGCUGUACCUAUUCCUCCACAUCCAAUAUACAUUCCGCCUUCUAUGAUGGAACACACACUUCCCCCACCUCCAUCCGGACUGCCUUUUAAUGCGCAGCCUAGAGAGCGAUUAAAAAACCCCAAUGCGCCCAUGUUACCACCACCUAAAAACAAGGAGGAUUUCGAGAAGACUCUGUCGCAAGCCAUAGUCAAAGUGGUUAUCCCAACAGAAAGGAAUUUGCUCGCUCUGAUACACCGAAUGAUAGAAUUUGUUGUGCGUGAAGGGCCAAUGUUUGAAGCUAUGAUUAUGAACAGAGAAAUCAACAAUCCUAUGUUCAGGUUCUUAUUUGAAAACCAGACACCAGCGCAUGUUUACUACAGGUGGAAGCUUUAUUCUAUUCUGCAGGGAGAUUCUCCAACUAAAUGGCGGACAGAAGAUUUUCGUAUGUUCAAAAAUGGAUCUUUUUGGAGGCCACCACCAUUAAAUCCUUACCUUCAUGGGAUGUCAGAAGAGCAAGAGGCCGAAGCCUUUGUGGAGGAGCCUAGUAAAAAGGGAGCACUCAAGGAAGAACAGCGGGAUAAAUUAGAAGAAAUCUUGCGAGGAUUAACUCCAAGAAAAAAUGAUAUUGGAGAUGCCAUGGUUUUCUGUCUUAAUAAUGCUGAAGCUGCUGAAGAAAUAGUGGAUUGCAUUACUGAGUCGUUGUCCAUCUUAAAGACACCUCUUCCCAAGAAGAUUGCCAGGUUAUAUUUGGUUUCUGAUGUUUUGUACAACUCUUCAGCCAAAGUUGCCAAUGCUUCAUAUUAUAGGAAAUUUUUUGAAACAAAGCUAUGUCAGAUAUUUUCAGACCUCAAUGCUACUUAUCGUACAAUUCAAGGCCAUUUACAAUCUGAAAAUUUUAAGCAACGGGUAAUGACUUGCUUCAGAGCAUGGGAAGAUUGGGCAAUCUACCCAGAGCCAUUUUUGAUCAAACUUCAAAAUAUUUUCUUAGGACUUGUAAAUAUCAUUGAAGAAAAGGAAACAGAGGAUGUCCCAGAUGAUCUUGAUGGUGCUCCCAUUGAGGAAGAGCUUGAUGGUGCGCCUCUGGAAGAUGUGGAUGGGAUUCCCAUUGAUGCUACUCCCAUUGACGAUCUUGAUGGAGUCCCUAUAAAAAGUCUUGAUGAUGAUCUGGAUGGAGUGCCUUUGGAUGCAACUGAAGACUCUAAGAAGAAUGAACCCAUAUUUAAAGUUGCCCCAUCAAAAUGGGAGGCUGUAGAUGAAUCUGAAUUAGAAGCACAAGCUGUGACAACUUCCAAGUGGGAGCUAUUUGACCAGCAUGAAGAAUCAGAAGAAGAAGAAAACCAAAAUCAAGAAGAAGAAAGUGAAGAUGAAGAAGACACUCAGAGUUCCAAAUCAGAAGAGCAUCAUUUGUAUUCUAACCCUGUCAGAGAAGAAAUGACUGAGUCUAAGUUCUCUAAAUACUCAGAAAUGAGUGAAGAAAAACGAGCUAAGCUUCGUGAAAUUGAGCUCAAAGUUAUGAAGUUUCAAGAUGAAUUGGAAUCUGGAAAGAGACCUAAAAAACCAGGCCAGAGCUUCCAGGAACAAGUCGAGCACUACAGAGAUAAAUUGUUGCAACGAGAAAAGGAGAAAGAGUUAGAAAGAGAACGAGAAAGAGACAAAAAAGAUAAAGAAAAAUUGGAAUCCCGAUCCAAAGACAAGAAGGAGAAAGACGAAUGUACUCCAACAAGAAAAGAAAGGAAAAGACGGCAUAGUACUUCUCCCAGCCCAUCUCGGAGUAGCAGUGGUAGGCGAGUGAAGUCCCCAUCUCCAAAAUCAGAACGGUCAGAACGCUCAGAAAGAUCUCAUAAAGAAAGCUCACGGUCCAGGUCAUCUCACAAAGAUUCUCCUAGAGAUGCUAGCAAGAAAGCCAAAAGGUCGCCAUCUGGUUCAAGGACGCCUAAAAGGUCUAGGCGGUCUCGGUCUAGGUCGCCUAAGAAAUCAGGAAAGAAAUCCAGAUCCCAGUCCCGGUCUCCACACAGGUCUCAUAAAAAGUCAAAGAAAAACAAACACUGACAUAUAUUUUUAAGAUCCUGUCACUUAUUGGAAAUGCAAGUUUGUUUUGUGCCUGAAUGGUCUGUUUGUUUUUUGUUUGUUUUUUUUUUAAUAAAAAAAAACCACACACACAAAAACAAAAUUCUAAUGAAAGAGCAUUCCUGGGUUUGUUUGUUUGUUUGUUUGUGAAUGCAUGUGUAAACUCAUGAGUAACUGCAUCUGUAGACCUGUCAUUGUUUUAUAUUGUAUAAAUUACUUUUGUUGUGGCUGUUUCUCAAGAUGAAAUUUUUAUUGUGCUAAUGAAUUUCAUCAGAAAUGUGUAUAAUGGAUCUGCUGGCAGUAGUAGUAUUUUGUUUUAGGAUGUUGUGACUUAGACACAUAAUACAGAUGUCUUCCCCUCUUUUGUAGCUUUGACAAUUUGAAUUAGAUUUCAAAUAAAAUCUGAACAGAAAACUAUAAUGUUGUUUUUUUGCCCAGUUGGUAACACCAAGUCCCUUAAAGACCUACUAAGUGAAUUUGGCACUAUUGCUGUUUUUUACACCUAGUGCACUGUACAAGCUCCAGUGUGAAAGCAGCUAGUGUUUUAUGUUUACUAAGGUGGCUACCAAAAUAAAACCCGUAAGGUUUCCAUACCCAGAGAUGAGAAGGCUUGAGUGAGUGGGUAUGAUGUGGUAUUUGUUGCCCAGUUAAAAUUUCAUUUUUCAAAGAAGCAACAUGAUUUCAAAAGCACUCAACCCGUCUUCUGAGCAAUUACGUAUUUUUAGGGUAGAUUUAAUUUUUAUCUUCUAUCAUGAAGCAAGUUUAUUUAUAAAAGAUUUUAUAAAAAAGAUUUGCCAUAGAAUUCUUUUGUAUAAUAGUUGCCUUUUUAUAAUUGUCUGUAGGUUAUCUUUAAAACACUGGUAUCAUGAUAUUUGUACAAAUUUGUUUGAAACAGCUUUUCUGUUUUGAAGGUUUGGGUUUGAAGUACAGCUUUCAAUAAAAAUUUAAAUGGUUUUCAGGCAAUUUUAACACUCAGUGGUUUGUAAAUUCAAGGUGCAAAAAGUUGACUUAAACCAUUUGCAGAGUUGAAUUCUGUUAUAAACAGGAAAGAACUUGCUGUAGUCUGAGGGAGAAAUAGGAAAACUUGUGAAUGUUGAUCAAAAUACUGCAGUGAAUAUAAUGUAAUAAAGGGUGACAUAGACUCAGACUGACACUGUAUUUGUCAAUCUUGCUUUCAGUGUUUCAUUUAGGUACUUUAUGUGGCUAGUUUUGUUUUUCCUCUAAUAACAGAUUGUUUUAUUUAAUCUACUUUUAAAAAUCCUUUCACCUUGUUUACUUAAUUUUGCCUAAUCACAGAAUAAGGCUUCCUAACCCGUGAUAGGGGAGUAGUCCCGUCCGCUGUACAGUAAGGCUUCCUGACCCUGAUAGGAGAGUAGUCACAUCAGCUAUACAGUAAGGCUUGCUGACCCUGAUAGGGGAGUAGUCCCGUCUGCUGGACAGUGAGGCUUCCUAACCCGUGAUAGGGGAGUAGUCCUGUUAGCUGGACAGUAAGGCUUGUUUUCCCCACGCAGCUUUAGAAAUGAGCCAAUCAUUUUGUUAGACAUUAGUGGUUCUUAGCAUGAAAAUAUUGUUCAGUCCUUUGUUUACCUACUUUAUUAGGAAAUAUUAAAUCCUUAAAGUUGCUUAGAAUAAUUUAUGUGAACAUUUGGUGCUGAUACUUAAAGACCUUUGUAAAUACAGCUGUUACAGAAGGCACACAUUUUUCUUCUCUGGGUCUUUGGAUAGGCCAAGAAAUAAUUGGUCAGAAAGUAGUUUUCUUUUUUUUUUUUUUUUUUUCAGGCAAGUUAUGAUGGCUAGUUACUUUUCUCUCCUGAGUAAAAAACCUGAGCUUGGUUUUGGGUGUUCAUUUGUAGUGUUUUCUACUGCAAUGGAUCCAUCGCUAUUAUAGUUAAAUUUUGCUGCAGAUAGACUUGGCUUCCUUUUGGGUAGAUGGGAAAUUACUUAGACCUGACAGAAUAUUUUCUGGAGUUUUUUAAUGUAUAUAUUAAGUUGUGUUGAAUUUUGUUUUAUUGAAUUGUAAAUAGCAUUAACUAGGUUAUUUCCAGUUUUACUUUAUGAGGAAACAUCUAGAAUAAGCUGUUAAAAUUCACAGUGGAUUUGGGUGGCACAUAGCUGUUCCCAGCAGAGGCACAAUGAUUAUAAGCUCUGGAAUUGAGACCAGCUUGGGCAAAAGACAGAGAGCCUAUCUCAAAAACAUGUUCCUUGUAAGUGUCGUGGGAUUAGGAACUGGUAUGUUCUUACAAGAAGUAAACUGUUCUGCAUAUUUUUCCUAAUAGCUUAGUUUUCAUAUCUAAAGAACAUACAGCAUAAUUGCUGUGAGUUGACUUAGAAUGCUCACACAUGAUCUGAGUCACAGGAAAGAUGGUUCUAGCUGUGUAGCACAAAGCUGUUGUCCUCUACUGAAUUGCAUGUGUGAGCAGAGCCUCAGUGGUCUGUCCCUUCAAAGGGCCUAAAACAGGGUCCCUUACCAAGGCAAUGCUGUCUCACUUUUCUCUGCACACAGGUGCAAAGUUACAUGCUGGUGGAUUUUUUUUACCAAAGAGACCUGUGACUUAAAAGGAUUGUGUUUGGUUUUCUUUGGCAUUGUAUUUCAGUAUUGCUGUGAGUCAGUAUGUGGGGGUUUCUGUCUCUAGGAAGUUGGAGAUUAAAGUACUGGGGCAGACAGAAAGCCCUGAUCCCAAAGGAUCCUUUUAUUUGGCUCACAAUAUUUUUGGCUUUUUUUUUUUUUUUUUUUGCUAAAUUUUGUAGAAAUUGCUCUAUGCUGACCCAAUUUUCUUUAUUGCAGACCAUUCCUGUGGUCUUAACUUGAGAUUGAGAAUUGUAUUCCAUUUAAAGAGUGUCAGAGGACAUUCUUCUUUCUGACUUAUGUAUCCCCCAUUCUUUAAUAUUCUUGAGUACUUAAAAAUACUUUAAAUAAAUUUUGUUCAUGAUCAAAUUUAGGUUUAUUAGAAAUAUCCUAUACAUUUUUGCUGUGAUGGUGGUAUAAGUUCUGAAAAAUUACAGAACGAUAAUAGUUUGCCAUGGUUAAAAAUGAGGGCAGAUAAACCUCUGCCAAAGUGCUUUAACCUAUUCUGAUGACCACAGCAGUGUGAUUUCUUUAGCAGAGAAAGUUGCUUUUAAAAAUAAACAGUACCACUUUUCUAAUACAAUACUUUUUAGAAAUAAGCCUUUUGCUCUUGUUUCCAACUGUUUUACUUUUAGUGGACAAGCCCAGCCACAGAGAAUUCAGUGCAGAUAUUGUGAAGACUGUAAGUUUAAAGGGUUUUGUGAUUAGUAACAAAGUUUGUUUCCACGUCUCACGUGCAUGUUUUGGGAUAGAUUUUAGGGAGUGUUUCUUAUCCUUUCGACUGUUUCAUUUUUUUUUUUUUUAUCAACUUUCUAGGAUUUAGCUAAUAAACGACAAUAAAUCCCAGGGGAGUGUAAUGAUAGGCAAGGAGAUGGGAAUGUGCUGCUGUUCCAAGUGAGCCUUGUUCCAUUGCUAAUUUCAAUGCCUUUGUUGAUUCAGUACCACCUCAUGGAUCUCCAAUGUAAAUGAAUUAUGUGUAUAAUGGUAAUUUGUAUAGUUUUGUAGAUAAAAUGUCCUCACUUUCAUAUGUAAUUGUGCUUAGAGUUAUUCUUCUAACUUGAGCAGGGUCUUAUAUGUUGUGUCUCUGGUGAUUUGAAAUAGCAGAAAAGACAGAUUUCUAGAAGUGGAGUGACCUAGGAAAGCGGCUCCGCGAAAGUGCCCCUAGUGGGGCAGACUCCAUGGACGGCCAGUGGAGCUGCUUCCAGACGAGCCGUGAAGAUUAGUCGCAAAGUUCAUGAAAUUCACUUUUAUUGCUUUUUUUUUUUUUACUUUUAAUUACUUAAAUAAAAUACAUUGUUUUCAAUGGUAAAUUUAGACUGUUGAUGUAAUUUUCUGCGUACAGUUUUCUACUGGGAGCCCUAUAGGGUAACCUAGCUUUCACCAGCUUUCUCCCAUGCAGAACGGUGAUGCGAGGAGCCGUGUCUGUCCAUUGUAGGUACACAGCUGCGACAUUUUAUGCUCUUACAUUCUCACCAGAUAGUUUCAUGAUAGCUGAUCCCUAUUAACUAGGAAAUUUCAUACACUUAUGUUAAAGUUCUGUUUAUUUCACCAAGGAAAACUUGAGACUUCAGCAUGAAAUAAUGGCCAUCCAUUCACCAAACUGUAAAUAUCAGCUUGUUAAUUAGUGAUGUGUUUUGAUUUUUAAAAUCAACAUGGUUUCAUCACACUAAAAACUCACUGGUUCCUUUUUCAGGUUUUGUUUUAGUUAUGAUAAUGCUCUUGACAAUAUUUGCCAUCUUAAGCAUUUUAAAAUGUACAGUUUGCUGGUGUUGGGUAUAUUCACAUUGUUGUACAACCAACCUAUAUAACUCCUUCAUGGCAAAACUGAAACUCUGUACCCAUUGAGUUCCCCUCUCCCCCUGCCAUGCCCCUUACCAGCCACAUUCUGCUUUGUUGCUUUUUGACUAAUCUAG